GAUAAGAUUGUUUUGGCGUUUUAGAAAUUGAUAGAGAUUCUUUUGAGUUAAUUUCGUUUAGUUUAGUAAAAUCACAGACUGGUUAAAAACUUUGGAAAAGUGUUUGUCGAGUCAAUAAAAUCUCCAAGAUCACAGAAUUUAAAACUUUUUUUAGGAAUUAUAUGACAUAGAAAAUUAGAUAUGCUAAGAAAGUUAAUAAAAGUAUGAGACAGCCUCAACUCAAACGAAUUUUUUUCUGUCUGACUCAAUGAAUGUGUGACGUCAUGUUUACAAUUCUUACCCUCUUCCUGGCGGUAUUAUCUAUCACUACCACCAUUCUGGAGGACAGUGGAAAUUCCUCGCGAUGGUUAACUUUUGUGCUGUUAACGGCUGUUCAAGUCGUGCAGAUCGCGAUAGAGCUAACUCAUUUUACCGUUUGCCAGCCAUCAUCACUAACCAAGGAGAAGAAACUAGAGAAAGAUCGCGAAAACGUCGCGAACAAUGGAUAGCUAAUAUUAAUCGACCAGAUUUAAAAGAGACCAGUUAUGCAUAUGUCCGGGUGUGCUCAGAUCAUUUCAUAUCCGGAAAAUCUGCCACUCUAUAUGAAACAGCAAACCCCGAUUGGGCUCCAACUCUUCGACUUGGUCGUGAUCGUGCAAAGGAUUUCCAAGCUGGUUCUGUCCGCGGUAAGACAAAACGCAAAAGAAAAUUGGAUUCCAGCUCUGAUGAUACAUUAUUUGCUUUGUCUGUUUGCAAUUCUGAAUUGCAACAAAGAUGUCAGCCUCUCACAAAUGUUGGAUCUGAAUCUUACCGAAAAGCAGUUCACAAAUUUCUUGAAACAAAAGAAGUUAUGGAUUUAUUAAUGCUUCCAGAUGAAGUUUUUUCAAGUCAACCUCCUUGUGAGCCAAUUCGGGGAGAAAUUUACCUCAUGAAAAUUGAUCCUUCACAGGAAUCCAGUGACUGGACUAAAGAUGGCUACUCUUGGUUAAGUUUAGGAUCAAAUGAUUUAAUCUUGAAUCAGAGCCCUGCUCUGCGUCAAAGUACUUUUCGAAUGUUAGUUAAUGAGAUUGAAACUUGUCUGCUAAAACAUGUUUAUCGUUCUUUUAAUAAUAACCAAAAAGUUGUCAUUCAUUAUGUUACUGAUGAAAGACUUAAUAACAGUAAGUCUUAUCCACAUUCUAUGGACAUCACUGGAACUUCAUCAGUGCCACAAACCCAUUUAGGAAUUACUCAGUAUUACCACCAGCUAGUGGAAGAUUGUAAUGUUGACAGUCAGAAAUCAUCUGAGGCUCUCUGGGAGAUGGCCCCCACCAACAAAGAGAAAUCUCCUCUUGCACACCAACAGCGUUCUCCUUUGGCUAUUUCUGACUUGAAUCAACCGGUGGAAUUCAGUUCAUCUGACCAGUUAAAAGUCAAUUCUAACAACGAUAUACAAAAGGCUAUUCAACCUUUCAACAUGAAUGAUGUGCAUCUUUCUAGUCAUUCCAUCAUUGAUAUUGAACAAACUGGGAGAUCUUUCGGAGUAAAACCUCGCAUGAAACGGCUACCUAAAUUGAAACGCCAAUUUGGAUCCGGAGCUAAAGAUUUGUCAGUGAACAGAUCUAAUUUAUCUCACAGGCCAUCCAACCAAAUUAGAUCUCAUCAGCGGUGGAUAAAAGAAUCUACUGGUAAUUCUUCUGUUGGAGAGCAGCAUUUUGACGUAGUUUUAAAUAAGAACUCUGUAGAAUACAAUUCAAAAGUACCAAAAAUUAACAGCAAUUCAAUAUCCCAUUCCCUGUCUGAUGAAGUCGUAGUUCUUCCACAAUCAACUAUACCAGCUGUUCAGAAAGAGAAACGUACUUUAGUUGUACCAAAUCACCAAGUAGCAGUGAUGUCCAAUCUAUUUUCUAUGUGGAAAGUUGGGCGUUUGUGUGACUCUUAUAUUAGUAAUGGUACCACAAAUGUAAUGGUUCAUAAAAUGGUUUUGGGAGCUGUGUGUCCAAAAGUAUUGCCCAUUCUAUAUAACACUUCAAGCAGUUUGUUUCCUAAAGUGACAUUUCCAAGUUCAGUCAGUAAAGAAGCACUUUUAGCAUUUGCAGAAUAUAUGUAUAGUGGUGUGUUAGAUCUAAAUGAAGAUAUUCUAGUGCAGCUGAAAACUAUUGGUGAGAGAUUAGAUAUGAAAGAUUUUGAACAACUUUGUAGUAAUGAAUUGAACAAAGCUAAGACUAAAGAUAUUUUAUCAGCUGUGGUGGAACCUUUGUUGGCAGAACCUUGUUCUUUAUCAGGAUUACUCCCUUCCAGAACACAAGGAGACUCUAAUGAGGUUCAGAAUUCUAUGUUAAUGAAGAUACUUGGAAAUAUUUACAGCAAUAAUAACAUGCAAACUGAUGUUCCAGUUGCCAUUGCAUCAACAUCUGCAUCCAGUUCUUCUUCUGUUUCUGAUGUAAGGUCUGCAGAAAAUAUGGGUACUGACCAGAUUGUUGAUAUCAAAACUGAAGUGGAAUCAGAAAUAGAGCCUGCAACAAACCACAACUCUCUACAAUUAAAAAUGGAACCGUGUAGUCCUGGUGAAAAUCAAUAUAGUAUUCAAGAAGAAUUAUUCAUGGAUAUUAGCAACAUUACUUCCAAUAAUAGUCUCCAUCUAACACCUGGUACCAGUGCCACUUCUGGAAAUAUCAUCAAUAACCAGUAUAGAAAUGAUCUAAAUAUGGAUUCCAGUGAUAUCAUCAAUAUAUCUGAUAUCCCUCAAUCUGAAGAGACUUGUUUAUCCCAGCAUACUGAAGAUUGUGAUAAAGAUACUGAUAAUCAGAAAGAACUACAGUUAAUUUCAGUAACAUCUGCCACAGGGAAUAUAAGUGAAGACAGUCUCAGUAAUAAUUCUGAUUUGAUAGAGAUCUCCAGUACCAUAUGUACUAAUACAGAACCCCCACCAACAUCAAAUUCUAGACCAUAUCCUGUUAGUUUAUUUUCUGUGAAUGGCAGUAAAAUUCCAACAACGUUACCAGACAGUUGAGCAUAUUCGUUGGAUCUCUUUCUGAUUUAAUAGAGUGACCAAAACUAGCAAACGCUACGUAGAAGUAUUUGAAGAUAAUUACCCAGUGUAUGUAAUGAACAGAGUCAUUUAAAAACAGCUGAACUUUCCAUUCUUGCAUUUCUGCUGUGUGACUUGUUGAUUUCCGAUCUUUCUGAGAUGUAGUUUUGUUGUGGUCAGGAUUAGAAAUUUCCUGUGCAAUGAAAUUUUUGGUGAUAACUUCUAUUUGGAAAUUCUUUUCUUUUUUUUCAUGUUCUUAGAGAACUGUACAAGAAGAAUGUUUUUCCUAGAGUUAACUGUAAUAUCUCGUAUAUGAUGGUAUGUAUAUUUUAUUCUACCAAGAAAAUUGAGAACCACUUCAGAGCAACUUUGUGCAUUGUUAUCACUCAGUCAUCUGAGUGCAAAUUUUAUAAAUCAAUGCACUACAGUUUUUGCUGAGAAAGCAUAGAAUUGUUCAUUAUGUAUCAUUAAAAACUAUGACACCUGUCUUUCCAUACCAUCUUCAAAUGAUCUCUUUCUGUACCAUCUUCAAAAGAUCUCUUCAGAAUGUGUUUAACAGCAUUAUUCAUUGGGAGUGGAGAACAAAUACUGAGAAAAUAAAUCAACAGAACCGAUGAUGAUUUACCAUAAUUGCUGGGGAACUCUCCCCACUUCCCCUCACAAAAAGCAAUAACAUGAACUGAAAGGAAAAUGGAAUAAAGGUGUAAAUUCUUAUAAUGCCAGAUUGUCUGAAAAGCAAUUUUUCAUAAUAUUUAUUUUCCUCUGUGAUAGACAAUGUUGAUAAAACAUAUUUCUAAAAUGAUAUAGUUUGCUUUGAAUUUGUGUGGAGGCAUCAACAUUUCAAAAUACAUUUAUAUUUUAUAUCUCCGGUGACACCAGUCUUUGCUUAUCAUUAGACACAUGAAUCACUUCCUAAAAACGUUUCAUUCAAUGUUUCAGAAAUUGGCAGUAUUUAAACCUAAGAUACUUGCAUUCAUUUGUUACAUUUUACAAGAAAAGUUAUCACGAGAUCUGUAGUGUCACAAGAUUUCCAAUGUUCAUGGAUAAUAUUCAAAUUUCAAACUGCAAAUUUUGCUCAUAUUUAUUUGGGUGGGAAAUUAUUGACUCGAGAAGUCAAAAUCGUAAAACAAGGGACGUAACUCUAACAUAGCUUUCUUUUUAGAUCGCUGUCCAAUUCGACGACUGACUCCAUUUUACAUGACAGCUAAAAUUGUGUCUAUUUUAUCUAUUCUAUUUAACAUUUUUUUAAAGAACCGCAAAGUUUUAUUUGUGAAACAGUUUACGAUUUUGUUGUAUCUGUAGAAAUUAAAUUAAAACAAAAUUGUGGGUGAUGUUUAA